GCGCCCGGGCAUGCCCUCCCCCCUCACCGCGUACAAGCACUGCCCGCGAGGCGAGACUUCGCCCGCGGACCUGCUUCCCGCAUGGCGAGCUCCGCCCGCGAAACCUCGUCGCCCGCCGGACCACGAGACCCUGCGAGACCCAAGGUGCACCACUCACGAGGUCCAGAGGGCCCCGGGGGCUCCAACAUGGAGCGAACAGCUGGCGGCUCCGUGGGCCCAGGGGGCAGCUUCAGCAGCCUCCGAGAGGGGGGCGUCCGCGAGGCCGCGGCGCCGCGCCUCCUCGGGGAACGCUCGGCGGGCUUCGGGCGCGCGGCCACGGCCGCACGAUUGGCGGUUGCGCCCGGCGCGCGCGCGUGCCGACCUCCGCGCGGGGGCCGGGCGAGGAGGAGGGAGGAGGAAGGAAGGACGAGCGAGGAGUCAGGGAGGGAGGGAGGGAGGAGCCCUCUGGGAGCCAUCCCGAGGUCUUCCUGCGCCAGGGGGCCCUCCUGCUCGGAGGCGGUGCUGUGCGGGCAGGGGCCGCGCGCACCCCGGGGCGCGCCGCGCGGCAGGCUGGGCCCGGCCCGCGCAAACCCCGCCGGCAGUUCGCCCCGCCAGGGAGGAGCGAGCUCCCGCUCUACCUUUGCCUCGUUGCGCCCCCAUCACUCCCCGCGCUUAACGCUACUUGGAUGGCGUGGGUCGCAGAAAUGUAGCGGAGUUCCUCGAGGCAAAUACAAAGCCACCGCAAGAGCAGCCCACGCUGCCACAAUUGUCUCCAGGCAGUUCGCCUUCGCAGGAGAUCGAACAAACAACUGGAAGAUGGGCACUUGGUAGUAAAACUGGUGCCGGGGCAGAGCAGGUGGUCGAGGAGGAGGAGGAGGAGGAGGAGGAGAAGAUGGGAGUGGGCUGCACGACGACAGAUCUGCCAGCUCUGAUCCUAAGUGGCG